UCUAAGAGUUUUGAUCUGAUAUAGCGUUUCAUGUUUGUCACAGGAAGUGCUGAAGCUCAAUGAGCUAAUCAGAGAGCUAAUAGGCUGUGAUGAGCAGCAGCUGUGGCAACUGCAUGGUAGGUAUUUCAACCUGCAUGUGGCACAGGCAGCACUUUCUCCUGGAGACUGAAGCAAUGGAAGCUGUUUGGGCCUUGCUUGUUGGUAUGCUGAGUCUUUGGCUUACCAAAGGCUCUUGUCUGCCAGUUGGUUUGACAAAUGAAGAUAAUGGGCUGCAGAGGACAGUGAGAGAUCUGUCUCCCAAUGAGCGCUCUAUGAAGAAGGUCCUUGCACUUCUCCAGUCAAUGGAGCCCAUGUUGGAGCAAAAUGCCAAAAAAGGCAUCAGCAGUGUAUCUGAGGCAUCAGCAGUCCACCUUAAACUUGUGACCACAGCCGCGACCAGCCAGGACGAGGGCGGCGCGAACGGGACGGCCACGAGCCAGGACGAGGGCAGCGCGAUGGGCGCGAACGGGACGGCCACGAGCCAGGACGAGGGCAGCGCGAUGGGCGCGAACGGGACGGCCACGAGCCAGGACGAGGGCAGCGCGAACGGGACGGCCACGAGCCAGGACGAGGGCGGCGCGAUGGGCGCGAACGGGACGGCCACGAGCCAGGACGAGGGCAGCGCGAUGGGCGCCAACGGGACGGCCACGAGCCAGGACGAGGGCAGCGCGAACGGGACGGCCACGAGCCAGGACGAGGGCGGCGCGAACGGGACGGCCACGAGCCAGGACGAGGGCAGCGCGAUGGGCGCGAACGGGACGGCCACGAGCCAGGACGAGGGCAGCGCGAUGGGCGCGAACGGGAAGGCCACGAGUCAGGACGAGGGCAGCGCGAUGGGCGCGAACGGGACGGCCACGAGCCAGGACGAGGGCAGCGCGAUGGGCGCGAACGGGACGGCCACGAGCCAGGACGAGGGCAGCGCGAACGGGACGGCCACGAGCCAGGACGAGGGCGGCGCGAUGGGCGCGAACGGGACGGCCACGAGCCAGGACGAGGGCAGCGCGAUGGGCGCGAACGGGACGGCCACGAGCCAGGACGAGGGCAGCGCGAACGGGACGGCCACGAGCCAGGACGAGGGCGGCGCGAACGGGACGUCCACGAGCCAGGACGAGGGCGGCGCGAGGCCCGUUGUACCACCUGGCGGACGGCCCGUCGUACCACCUGGCGGACGGCCCGUCGUACCACCUGGCGGACGGCCCGUCGGACCGCCAGGACGAGAAGAAGUCCUGAAGAAGCUUUAUAGGUUGAACCAUGCAAGAGUUUUGCAUCAUGUACUUGCUUUUACCUCUGCUUUAGAUAAAAGUCUUAACUGA